CCACUCAGCCUCCCACCUGCAUCUACAGGGCUCUCCCCCCGUCCAGCCCCUGGACCAGCUUCCAAGCCUACCCCCCACCCCAGCCUGGGGGCUCCGCAAGCUUCAGGACUCCGAGGGGCUCAGUAGCAGUCACGUGCAUGCUGGGACCGCGACCGAGAGGCUGCUGCUCCCCGGGCCCCCAGAGGCAGAUCUGUUGGCCUCCCGGCGCCGUCUGACCCAGGCCACUGCAGGCUGGCUGCUGCUUCCAGCCAUCGGGUCCUGCUUGACUGAGGCUUGCCGAAUAUUCUCCCUGAAGCCAGGAUCUGCUGGGUGCCCACCCGCGAGACAGGUGAGCGAGAGGAUGCUGGCGGGGGGCGCGAGGAGCAUGCCCAGCCCCCUCCUGGCCUGCUGGCAGCCCAUCCUCCUGCUGGUGCUGGGCUCGGUGCUGUCAGGCUCGGCCACCGGCUGCCCGCCCCGCUGCGAGUGCUCCGCCCAGGACCGCGCGGUGCUGUGCCACCGCAAGCGCUUCGUGGCGGUUCCCGAGGGCAUCCCCACCGAGACCCGCCUGCUGGACCUGGGCAAGAACCGCAUCAAGACGCUCAACCAGGACGAGUUUGCCAGCUUCCCACACCUGGAAGAGCUGGAGCUCAACGAGAACAUCGUGAGUGCCGUGGAGCCCGGCGCCUUCAACAAUCUCUUCAGCCUGCGGACUCUGGGGCUGCGUAGCAACCGGCUGAAGCUCAUCCCCCUGGGUGUCUUCACGGGCCUCAGCAACCUGACCAAGCUGGACAUCAGCGAGAACAAGAUCGUCAUCCUGCUGGACUACAUGUUCCAGGACCUGUACAACCUCAAGUCACUGGAGGUGGGUGACAAUGACCUUGUCUACAUCUCGCACCGGGCCUUCAGCGGCCUCAACAGCCUGGAGCAGCUGACCCUGGAGAAGUGCAACCUGACCUCCAUCCCCACCGAGGCGCUGUCCCACCUGCACAGCCUCAUCGUCCUGAGGCUCCGGCACCUCAACAUCAAUGCCAUCCGGGACUACUCCUUCAAGAGGUUGUAUCGGCUCAAGGUCUUGGAGAUCUCCCACUGGCCCUACCUGGACACCAUGACGCCCAACUGCCUCUACGGCCUCAACCUGACAUCCCUGUCCAUCACUCACUGCAACCUGACCGCUGUGCCCUACCUGGCCGUGCGCCACCUGGUCUAUCUCCGCUUCCUCAACCUCUCCUACAACCCCAUCGGCACCAUCGAGGGCUCCAUGUUGCAUGAGCUGCUCCGGCUGCAGGAGAUCCAGCUGGUGGGCGGGCAGCUGGCCGUGGUGGAGCCCUACGCCUUCCGCGGCCUCAACUACCUGCGCGUGCUCAACGUGUCCGGCAACCAGCUGACCACGCUGGAGGAGUCAGCCUUCCACUCUGUGGGCAACCUGGAGACGCUCAUCCUGGACUCCAACCCGCUGGCCUGCGACUGUCGGCUCCUGUGGGUGUUCCGGCGCCGCUGGCGGCUCAACUUCAACCGGCAGCAGCCCACAUGUGCCACACCCGAGUUCGUCCAGGGCAAGGAGUUCAAAGACUUCCCGGACGUGCUCCUGCCCAACUACUUCACCUGCCGCCGCGCCCGCAUCCGGGACCGCAAGGCCCAGCAAGUGUUUGUGGAUGAGGGUCACACGGUGCAGUUCGUGUGCCGGGCGGACGGCGACCCGCCGCCCGCCAUCCUCUGGCUCUCGCCCCGCAAGCACCUGGUUUCGGCCAAGAGCAACGGGCGGCUCACAGUCUUCCCCGACGGCACGCUGGAGGUGCGCUACGCCCAGGUGCAGGACAAUGGCACGUACCUGUGCAUCGCUGCCAACGCGGGGGGCAACGACUCCAUGCCGGCCCACCUGCACGUGCGCAGCUACUCACCCGACUGGCCCCAUCAGCCCAACAAGACCUUCGCUUUCAUCUCCAACCAGCCGGGCGAGGGAGAGGCCAACAGCACCCGAGCCACCGUGCCUUUCCCCUUCGACAUCAAGACCCUCAUCAUUGCCACCACCAUGGGCUUCAUCUCUUUCCUGGGCGUCGUCCUCUUCUGCCUGGUGCUGCUCUUUCUCUGGAGCCGGGGCAAGGGCAACACGAAGCACAACAUCGAGAUCGAGUACGUGCCCCGCAAGUCAGACGCAGGCGUCAGCGCCACCGAUGCGCCCCGCAAGUUCAACAUGAAGAUGAUCUGAGGGCGGGGCAGGGGAGCAGGGGAAGGGGCCUGGUCCUCAGUCCUUGCCGCCUCCUCCCUCCGCACACGCUCCGUCCCUCCCUCCCUCCCCCGCCCCUGCCCCCCUCCCCACCCGCCCUCCUUCCACCAGGACCUCAGCCGCCCAGGCCCGGGGACCCCGCUGCACAGGGGCACGCAUUGACAGACUGGAGUCGGAAGCUGACAGGCUGACACGCACAGUCAGUAAUUCAAUAAAAAAAAGUUACGAACUUCCUCUGUAACUUGGGUUUCAAUAAUUAUGGAUUUUUAUGAAAACUUGAAAUAAUAAAAAGAGAAAAAAAAACUAUUUCCUAUAGCUAGUCGGAAUGCAAACUUUUGACGUCCUGAUUGCUCCAGGGCCCUCUUCCAACUCAGCUUCUGGUUUUUCUCUUCCUCCCCCUCCCCCCCUCCUCCUUCUCUUCCUCCUUUCUCUUCUCUUCCCCUAUGGGGAGGGAUCACUCAGGAAAACAGGAAAGGAGGUUCCAGCCCCACCUGCCCAGGCAGCUGACACUAGCGGGCAGGGGGCGGGGGCGGGCCCAGCCCCAGGCUGGCUGUUUGCAGGGAGCAGGUGAAGGACACAGGGCUGCCUGAUGGGGUGGGGGCCCUCAGCCAAGCUGCCAGGAAGCACGGCUGCUGGGGACUGGGGGCCUGGCUCGGGUGUGGCUGAGACUCUGGACAGGGGCCGGGGUCCUCCUGGAGGACAGCACAGUCGGUGGAGAGAGCCAGGGGCUGGAGGCAGGACCCGGGCCUAACUUCUGGUCCCCGCUUUGCCGCUGACUUACUGUGUGGUUUCAGACAGGUCGCUGACCCUCUCUGGGCCUCAGUCUCCACAUCUGUACAAAUGGAAACGUGACUCCCUGCCCUGCCUACCUCACAGGGCUGUUGUGAGGCAUUGAUGAGAUGAUGUAUGUGAAACACUUUGUAACCUGUAAAGCGCUGUGCACA